CGUUGUUGAGGUGGUUGUCACCGACGCGUUCCUGCCUCGCGUCUGCCUGCAACACCAAAGCGCCGCGGCCCCACGUGACCUCCGGGUCACCCCGCCAUAGAAACCGGGGGAGAUUCGCAAGUGGGACUACACAUUGGUCACAUAUCAAGGCUCAAUGUCAUCUGAUUUCUGGGCUGGCUACCUCAGCGGUGCCCUUGGGAUUAUAAUUGGGAAUCCCUUGGAUGUGAUAAAGGUCCGAUUACAGGCAGGCCAUUCAAGAGAUGCAUCUGCCCAAUCACAACUAAGCCGCUUCGAGAAAGCGAGUUCACUCGUACGAGGUGCGGCUGCUCCAAUUCUAGGCUAUGGAGCUCUCAAUGCGCUCCUCUUUGUGGCCUACAAUCGGUCCUUGAUGGCCAUGGACAGCAACAUUACAGACCCCACUAACCCGGACGGUGUGCCAUUAUACAAGAUCUGGAUUGCUGGCGCUGCGGGCGGACUUGCCAGCUGGAGUAUUUCCUCUCCAACGGAGUUUAUCAAGUGCAGGGCGCAGCUGGACUCACGUCCAGAGGUCUCGUCCUGGACGGUUGCAAAAGAUAUAUAUCGCAGUCGAGGCUGGAGGGGCUUGUACUAUGGAGGAGCAAUUACGAGUGCACGAGAUUCAAUCGGAUACGGUUUCUAUUUCUGGUCUUAUGAACUUUGCAAACGCUUUAUGACAAUUGACCAUGAGGCACCUCAUCAGGCUGCUAUGAAGAUUCUCCUCUGUGGGGGCAUUGCGGGCAUUGUCACCUGGGGCUCCAUCUUUCCUCUGGAUAUGGUCAAGACGCGACUACAGGCACAGACGAUGCAUGACCAUUCUUUUACACACAGAGCCAGCGAGAACCAAAGUUUACUACGGCAGUCUCGAACGACGCUGAAUUCCUUCCAGAUGGCCCGAGAGGUCUACCGGGCCGAGGGCGUGGGCGCCUUUUAUCGGGGCCUCGGGAUUUGCAGCAUUCGAGCAUUUAUUGUAAAUGCUGUUCAGUGGGCUUGCUACGAAUGGCUGAUGAAGAGUUUCAACAAUGCGAGUGUACCAGUGCCAGUCACGGAACGCAUAUAGUUGUGUAGGGAGUAACCAAACUACUAGAGCGUGGUGGGAGCCAAGCAAUGAACAUAGACCGAGAAACCAAUUGCGGUUAGACUUUAUUUGGUAUUGAGGGAUUUCUAUUGGAAUUACUGCGGAGGAAUUGCUCGUAAGGGGAUAAAUUUCACCCUGAUGCCGCAGUCCGUGGGGGAACUAGCGAGGACCGGCGAUUUCAAUCCAUGGGCCCGCAGACCGGCUGAGCGGAAUGCCGCCGAAAACCGGCGAUAUCAAAAAUUGCCUCACGUGAGUAUCCACCGAACAUGCAGGAAAAGCAGAGUCGCGCGUUGUAGACAUGAGAAUCGUAACAUUAUCGACGUGCGUACUUUUUUUUUUGAAAGGACUUUUGUGAAAUGCUUGAAUCCAGAUCCAAGCCUGAAGAUAGCCAGGGAAGUGGCGGUUCUUCCUGAGGAGUAUCUGUUGUGGCAAGUCGGAGUCCAGCUCAGUCUUUCAUUUCCACAUUGUCGUCCUCCGAUCGCUUGACAUUGUCUGCGACGCCCAAUCCAACGGCAGCUUCGGCGAUCUUUUGGCUGUGAGGUUCUUCGCGCAGGAUGCGAACUCUGCAGGUUUAGAUUCGGGUGGUCAGCCAGGUCGUUCUGAAAAAAAAUUGGACGGGCGGGCUGGGUUGAUGGCUAACCUGCGCUUGUGAUUCUUGCCCUUAGUGUGCGCCUUCAUGUUGUACUCGCUUUCGAACCACUUCGAGCAUUCCAUGCAAUAGUGCUGUCCCAGACCGGGCAGAUCCUCUGCAUCCUUGGUCUCCUUGUACUGCGAGAGAUGGCGAGGAGAAUCGAUGUCGGCAAGGAUCUGGUCGUAGUCUC